UUAUUAUUAUAUUCUCUUCCUCUCAGUAUUCUGCUCUUUCUCCGCUUUUUCUCCACGCAUCUCCUUUUCUUCAUUCCAAUGGUGAAGUCUCCGGAGAAGCAUGUUAACCUUUUCUUUUCCCUUGACUGUGAACAGCUUGCCAACAAAGUUGCUGCUCAUUCACCGAGUAACAUUACUCUCCAGAAUAUCAAUUGGAGGUCUUUUGCUGAUGGGUUUCCAAAUAUAUUUAUAAACAAUGCAGAAGAGCUCCGGGGUCAACAUGUUGCCUUUUUGGCAUCAUUUAGCUCUCCGGCUCAAGUCUUUGAACAGCUGUCUGUCAUAUAUGCACUCCCUCGUCUAUUUGUUGCUUCGUUCACAUUGGUAUUGCCUUUUUUCCCAACUGGAUCAUUUGAGCGUAUGGAAGAGGAAGGUGAUGUAGCAACUGCCUUCACCCUUGCAAGGAUGUUGUCAAAUAUCCCAAUUUCAAGAGGUGGCCCAACUAGUUUAGUCAUAUAUGACAUUCAUGCUUUGCAGGAGAGGUUUUAUUUCGGAGAUGAGGUUUUGCCAUUGUUUGAGACUGGUAUUCCUCUUCUAAAGCAACGUCUGCAACAACUUCCAGAUGCUGAUAAUGUAGUUAUUGCAUUUCCAGAUGACGGUGCAUGGAAGCGAUUCCACAAGCUGUUCGACAAUUAUUCAGUGGUCGUAUGUACAAAGGUACGUGAAGGUGACAAGAGGAUAGUUCGGCUCAAGGAAGGCCAUGUCUCUGGUCAUCAUGUUGUGAUUGUUGAUGAUUUGGUCCAAUCUGGAGGCACCCUAAUCGAGUGUCAGAAAGUUUUGGCUGCCAAUGGUGCAGCAAAAGUGAGUGCCUACGUCACACACGGUGUCUUCCCUAACCAAUCGUGGUUGCGGUUCACUCAUAAAGAUGAAGCCUCGGAGAAAGCAUUUGCAUACUUUUGGAUCACAGAUUCUUGCCCAGUUACUGUCAAAGCUCUUGCAAAUCAAGCUCCUUUUGAAGUACUGAGUCUAGCAGGGUCAAUUGCUAAUGCCCUUCAAAUUUGAAGCCUAAAAUUGAGCUUUGUGAAUAAAGGGGUUCUCUUGUAUAAUUUUUCGGAGUUAAACAUUAUUACCCUAUUAUCCUUUCACUCUUUCUGUGCCUUGCUGUGAGCUUAGCACACUGAAACCUGUGACUUAAAAUUCCGACAUUCUGGACCCUAUCUUAUUGAACUAUGUUGAGUGUUAACAAUUGUUCUAAAAGUUUGAAUUCAAAAUUAUGCUAACAUCAGAUUACUUUUAAA